AUGGCAGUGGUCAGCGAAAGUCCAAUUGAUAGGUUCGAUCGUAUCCUGUCCUGGCAGUACCACAUCCUUCGCAUGCUGGGCAUGGAUGCGUUUACGAAAAGACUCACGCUCAACCCACUGUCCGUGACCAUAAUGACGAUGGCGGGUUUGUUUAUGGUUGUCUCGUUCUACGACGUUCUGGUGCUGUUUCGUGACGACCUGUUCGGUAAGUCGUUUGUGAUGGCCACCAUCUGCUUUGGCUUUAUCGGCUGGGGUCGUAUCGUUGGUGCGUGGGCAUACCGUAGCGAUGUCCCGAAGCUGAUGCAGAUGGCCCGGGACACCUACCUCAGUGGUGUUAACGAUGAACGACAGAUAGCCCUCCUGCGCUGGUAUACGGAAAUCUUCUGGCGCGGUGUAAUGCUCUACACAAUGAUGUUUCUCUUUGGCGCCAUCAUGGCAUCGUUCGGUCCGGCCUUGCUGUACCUGUACAAUGGGGAGAAGAUACUACCGUUCGGUGUAUAUCUGCCGUUCGUGGAUCCGAACAGUGGUACCGGCUACGAACUCAACUACCUGUACCAGAUGAGCUGUAUCCUGUGGACACCGCCCGGAUUGACCGCAACGCAGAACAUUUACUUUGCCUUCAUUCUCAACAUUUGCAUCCAGUACGAUGUGCUGCAGCUGCAUCUAGCCGAUCUGGACGUGCUUGUACAGCGGACGGAUCUCGAGGGAAAGGAUGAUGCGGUUCGAGCGAAACUGUGCGACAUUAUUGUCCGCCAGCGACGGUUGGAACAGUUUGUGCAAUCCAUUGAGCAGGUUUAUUCGAAACAGGCGUUCGUCGAGGUACUGUCCCUAACGUUCCAGCUUGUGCUAACGCUAUAUGUUCUUCGUGCCGUAAGUUGUUCAUCUUUCAAUACCAAACAAUUCCAACUGUACUCAAAAACUUCGUGACCUAUUGCUAUUACGUUUCUUCCUUAGAGCCUGUGGCUACCGGGGCUAUUUCUGAUACCGCUCU